UUAACGCAUUCACAGUUCGCUACGCGGCAGUGCAGCUCGUACGCUUAAGUUCACGUAGACCUUAUUUACAAACAAAACAAACAUGAAGAUCACAGCUCUAUUCAUGAUGGUGAUGGCAGUGCUCGCCAUGUUCAUCGGUGCUGGUCAGGCCAACCCUGCCCCUAAGGUUCCUGUCAAGCAGGUCGCCAAAGUUGUGGGCAAAGGACUGAAGGUCAUCAGCGCCGCGGGGACAGCCCACGACGUCUAUAGGAGCAUCAAGGACAGAAGGGGCUGAGAAGAAUAAUAAAUUAUGUCUUAGAUUAAAAUAUUAUACUACUUAUUUGUAACUUGUAAGACGGUGCCAAAUAUUUUAUUAAAAUUAUAUUUGCUUUAAACAUAA